CUUAUACAGUGCAACAGUAAAAUACGACUUGUCGCCAGAUAAUGUGACUUAUUUGACAGAACUCUUUCCUUCAUUGGUGUUCAUACUCAUAUUUCUAGCACCAAAGUUCGCGGUAUCAAGUUGAGGACAUUCCAUGUCGAACCUCACAGAGGAGUGGCGACAUGUUGCGGUUCCUGUUCCUGAUGUUCGUGGCUUUCAUUGAAAGAACAACUUUCUCCACGGGGCUCCCUUCAUACAACCUGGAUAUCUUUGUCUGCAGAACUGAUGCAAUACUAUCGGUGGAAGCACCUGCAGGUCACGUGAUGUUUGACUACAGCGCGAGGCAUGACUGCUCCUUACAGAUCCAGGCCCCCAGAGGGAACCACGGCUCCAAGUUUAUCUUAAACUUUGAAAGUCUGCAGGUUGGAACACGUGACAGAGACAUGGGGUGCGGUGACGAGGAACUGCGUGUUUACAACGGACCUGCUGCUGGGGGCGGUCCUUAUCUGUCGGUAUGUGGGGAUAGCCAGGAACAAGUGUUGUCUACCGGCAAUACCGUAACAUUCCGCCUGGUGGUGCAAGGAGAUGUGCAAGGGGGGCGUUUCCUUAUUCUCUACACUGUGGUCCACGAACCCGUGAAUGGGGAGUGUCCACAACAUUCCUACCUGUGUGUGGACGCCGGCUGCCUCUCCCAGGACGUGUAUGGAGACAACAAGUGCAACUGUCCGGACGGGAGUGAUGAGGCGGACACGGCUAUCUGCGGGAUGAGCCAGACUGCCCUUCCACGGGAGACCUCUAGCGGCUGGACACAGUACCUGCACGUCCUCAACUCUACUACUAUCUCCUCUGACGUAGAUUUCCUUGGUGACGAAACGAUACCAGCAGUACAAGAUGACACGGCUGACGCUAAAAAGAGCUCAGAGGUGGAUCAGCAUCGGAAUGAAACAUCGGGCGUGAAGAAAGAAGACCCGACUGUGGAGUCACCACCGGCGCCCGAACCAACUGUCAGUCACAUCGCUGCGGGGUUGGGCGGGUGUCUGGCGGCAGGGUCCGUGGCAGCGGUGGCCCUCAUUCUUGGUUGGCUGAAGUUCAAACUCAAAUCACAAAUCAGAGUCGGUUCUUCUGUGUAGAAAGAAACGGAGGUGAUGUCACCAAAAUUUUAACAUUUUCCACCUCCGUGAAACGGAGGUUUUGUAGGCCCAUCCUGUUUGUGUGUUUGUAAACGUUCUUUUCUGUCCAACAAUUUGCAUUCGAAUGCCUGUAAGGUGUUGUAAGGUGAUUACGUUGCGUAAUAAAACUAAACUUCUAGAAUUCGAAAACAGACAUAUGUGAGUGGGACAUCACUUUCUACACCACAGUCUGCAAUAUUGGCUUCUAUUGCUUACACUAUACUCUAGUGAACUCCAAGCUAUCCUAAAUACACUAGACUGAGUAUAAUGCAACUAACGGUACUUCCAGCCGCGGUCUGUAAACAACUCCUGCCAACUCUUAUCACAUUUCUCGGACCUGUAUGCAACCCAACUUCGUGCUACUAUCACAAACGUCACGAGCAAUAAAUGCCAAUAACUCUUCAUGCAUACUUCACACAGUGUCCCCAAUAUAUUUCAAAGUCAAAGCGCAUACAAUGUAUAACGUGGUUGCCUUAAAAUGGCACGCUUUUUCACGCGCUCGAACUCACUCAAAGCAAAGUUGAGAGAGAUGGGUCAAAUAUUGAUAAUGUUAUUUAGAUUUGCAUAACCAACAUCUCACUAUUCGAAGCAUAAAUUAAGCUAACCACAUGCCACAUGUCAACCCCUAAUUGAGUUAUUCUCUUUCUUGGGUCUGACAUUAAACUGCCCCUGCAUUUUAAAAAUGCUUCUAGGAACCCAAACCUACACCGCUUACCGCUAUCUGCCGCUUUAAUGUGAAGUCAAUAACAUGUCCAGAACUCGAAAUAUCGAACAAACCCGGGAGUUCCUAUGCAGUACCGUCACAAGCCGCUAUGAGGGCCAAAAUCUAAUCGUUUCCCGGUCUCAUCAAGAACGACUCACAUACCGAAAAUUCAUACAAUCCACCCAGGCAUCCUCGAGUUAUGCUGGUUUUCUUCACACACAUAAUCGGUACUGAAAACAUACUCUUCUUAGCGAAAAUAAAAAUAUCCCAAAACCAGCCCAGCUGUACCAAGGAGGUUGAAAGAGGGAAUUCGGGAAUGGCUGUACACACAGAAGCAAGCGACUUGUCCUUGGUGCUGAAUAAUACACAUCCCACACACAUACACACACACAAACACACGUACACACACGCACAGAAAAACCAUGUUGUUGGCGUCUAACAGUAUACACACAAAAACAAAGCUAUUCGUUGUGCUGCGAAA